AUUUAUGUCGAUCCCAUUCUAACUAGUAAUCACAUACCCAGAAAAUCAGCACUGUCUAAUCAAUUUGUAAAGGAUAUAUUUAUUGAAGAAUAUGACCCAACAACAGAGGACUGUUAUAGCAAGAAAUGUGUAGUUAAUGGACAUAGUUACAAUCUCAAUAUCACAGAUCCCUCUGGUGAGAACUAUUAUUGUCUCUCCAAAUCAUAUAUGUUACGAGGAGAGGCCUUUGUCAUUAUGUACUCAAUCACAGAGAGAUAUACAUUUGAGUUGAUACCAUCAAUAGUAGACUCAAUGCGUAGAAUUAGGGGCACCGACAAGACUCCAAUCGUACUGGUUGGCAAUAAGAUUGACUUGGAAUCACAAAGAAAGGUUGACUAUCGGGAGGGUGAGGAGUUGGCCCGGAGAUUGAAGUGUCCAUUUCUGGAAACAUCAUCCAAACACAAAGUUAAUGUUGACAAUGUCUUUUACAAAUUGAUUGGAGAGAUGGUCAGUUUACAAGCUAAGGAAGUACCUACAACAUCCAGUACCAAGAGGAGCUCCUCAUCUAUUUCUCCUCUAAAAGGUUUAUUUACUCUAUCCCCUAAUUUUAAAUCAAAGUUCAAGAGAGCUGUCUCUACA